GAUCGAUCCAAAGCACGAUUGAUAUACUCACACCCUAACUAUCGAUCUUCACAAGACCACCUCCCGAGUUCAAGGCAUUGACGAUAUCUCGUCUCGAUGUCCUUCGCUCUACCACAGGAGAAUGCACGCCGUGCAUAUGCCCAAUCCAGCGUACCAAGCGCCAUACACCCAAUCUAUAACCCAGCGCCUCAAGCCUCACCAACGCCAGGGCAACAACCUCAUGUCCCCUCCUCAGCGCCCUACUUCACACGACAGGUGUCACUACCAGAAGACAAUGUGAACCGCUCAGGAAGCAAUGGAAUGAAUCCUAAUACGCUCGCGACGGCGCCACCAAAUGCGCAACUGCAGCAAGACCACAACAGCUACCUCUACCAAUUGCAGCACGCAGCUAGUGCCCCCACGGCCACACGACCAGCCCUGCCUACUCUACAAACCUCCCACCACCCUCAGCUGAACGGCAAACAGCACCAGCAACAUCAGCAGCAGCUUCACCAGCAAGCUCGCCAACAAACCCCACAGCAGCAGCAACCUCCGGCGCCCCAGCAACAGCCUCAACCACCACCCAGUAACGGCCAUGACCCCGGCACUUCCUCCUCGUCCGCCUCCGCCUCGGCCUCCCCACAAUCGAGCACAUUCCCCACGCACUUCGCCCUAACCCCCGACCCAAGUCUGGGCAUGGAAGCCCCGCCAGAAACGUCCUUCCCGACCUUCGAAGCCCUCCUCCAGUCCGUCAAUGCCUGGGGCCUCGCGCGCGGCUACGCCUGCGUUAUCGGACGCUCGAAAAAAAAGAACAGGAUUGGACUCAAGAAGGUUCUCUUGACGUGUGACAAAGGCGGAACCUCAAAACACAACAUGCUGCCUGUCGAUUCCCCAGUGCGUAGACGAGCUACGACUUCGCGCAAGACAGGGUGCCAGUUCAGCCUCUAUGCUAUUGAGUCGACUAUGGAGUGGCAGCUGAAGUAUCGCCCGGACGGCUUAUUCUGCGUGCACAACCACGGACCUAGUAAGGGUGCCAUUGAUCACCCCGCGGCCAGGCGGCUGGACAGGACGGCCGUCGCGGCGGUCAAGGCGCUGAGAGAUGCAGGUGUCAGCGCGCAGGAGACGCUGAAGCAGAUCCAAGCCGCGCACCCUAACGCGGGGUAUCUCCCACGGGACAUCUAUAAUGCGCGUGCCGCCAUAGCACGAGAACUAGACAAGCGCUCGCAGGACACGGAGAUCGACCCUGACGCGCCGAUGCAGUCGAUCUACAAGCGCCGCUCGGCGCCCAACCCAGAGGACAAGUUUAGGGAAGAGUGCAGGGCGGAGGUGAUACGCGUGAAGGAGGAGCUGGAGCAGCUGAAGGAGAAGACGAGUCGGGAGAUUGAGCAGCUCAGGGCGGCGCUGGAGCAGAAGGAUAAGGUAAUUGAGAAGUUUGAGAUGUUUAUUGAUAUCUGCAACGGCCGCGUCAUGGCGCAGCGGGAGAGGCUUGCGGAUGGCGAUAAUGGCACCGCCUCGGCGUCAUGAGCGCGGCUAAUGGCUUUGCUGUGUUUUUUUGCGAGCGGGUUUGGGAAGCGGCGUAUUUUAUUGGCCGGGGUGGGGAGACGGAGUAACGAAAAUGGGCGCGCUCUCUGGGAAUACGUUUGGGGGAGUUGUAAAGACGGGA